UCCUUUCAAGGCGCCUCUGCACUGCCACUGUCCAGCCGCGGCGGGCGGAUUGCGUGGGGCUGGCGAUGCGAUAGGAACCGGUGCGAUAGGGACCGGGGCGGUAGGGACCGAUGCGCUCUCCCUGAUCGCACGGCGUGUGAGCUGCGCACCGGCCAGCUCCGCUACGGCCACCCGUGACAGCGCCUGGGCGAAGGACGAACCCUGCCUCCAAAAUGCCACGCUCCUUCCUGGUCAAGAAACAUUUCAAUUCAUCCAAAAAGCCGAAUUACAGCGAGCUGGACACUCACACAGUGAUUAUAUCCCCAUACCUGUAUGAAAGCUACCCAGUCCCUAUCAUACCACAGCCAGAGAUCCUGAGCUCAGUAGCUUACAAUCCCAUUACCGUGUGGACUACAACCGGGCUGCUACCGUCUCCAUUACCCAGCGACCUCUCUCCGCUUUCUGGAUACCCCUCAUCUUUGGGAAGAGUCAGCCCACCUCCACCUUCUGACACCUCCUCCAAAGAUCACAGCGGCUCAGAAAGUCCCAUUAGUGAUGAAGAAGAGAGAAUCCAGUCCAAGCUUUCAGACCCCCAUGCAAUCGAAGCUGAAAAGUUUCAGUGCAGUUUAUGCAACAAGACCUAUUCAACUUUCUCUGGGUUGGCCAAACAUAAGCAGCUGCACUGUGAUGCCCAGUCUAGGAAAUCAUUCAGCUGCAAGUACUGUGACAAGGAGUAUGUCAGCCUGGGAGCACUUAAGAUGCACAUCAGGACCCACACGCUACCUUGUGUCUGCAAGAUCUGUGGCAAGGCUUUCUCUAGACCCUGGCUACUUCAAGGACACAUUAGAACUCACACUGGAGAGAAGCCGUUUUCCUGUCCUCACUGCAACAGGGCUUUUGCAGACAGAUCCAAUCUGAGGGCUCAUCUGCAGACUCACUCGGAUGUGAAGAAAUACCAGUGCAAAAAUUGCUCCAAAACUUUCUCCAGAAUGUCUCUUCUGCACAAACACGAGGAAUCUGGCUGCUGUGUAGCACACUGAGUCAUGCAGUCAAUGUUUACCUGGACUCGAUGCAUUUCUCCACUCCUGUUCCAAAUGAUAAGUGGAAAUCCAAAGGCGUUUUCUCAUCUACUUUUCAGCCAAAAAAAAAACCCACCCACCCCAAAACCCCACCAAACAAGCAAACAAACAUACUAGUGGAAGAACUUAGGAUGUCAGUAAAAAAGGGGUUUAAGUAGUUUCUGUUCAGCCACACACUCGCAUUCUCGAGUGUGAGUUCUGAAGUAUGGGGAAUGACAUUUCAAGUAGCUCUAAAGGAAGAAGCAUUCUCAGAUUUCUUUAUAGAAGAAGCCUAAUGUAGGUCGUCUUUUCUCGCUUAGAAAAGGCUGCAAAGUUCACAACACAUUCCUGCCAAGCCAUUUCAACCAAAGAAACAGUAUUUUAAGUGGGACUUUUAGUAAAGAAUACUACCCAAGUGAAUUUUGCUAGACACCAUUUAUCUCAGGUGCCUUAAAAAGUAUUCCGAGUUUACCUUAGUAAAUGUUUAAUAUUAUUCAUUGCUGUCUUUUUUAUUUUAUUUUAUAAGAAGCCAAGGCCUUCAUUAACAAUCUGAAAUGCUUUAAAUCUGCAUAAUUAAGAGAGGAAAGGAACCAAAAAAAACCCAACACAACAUGUAAAAGAAUGUAUGAAAAACUGAAAGCCACAAGUUAACCGCAUGUGCCUUUAUUUUUCACAAGGAAAGGAAAAAAGAAAGACAAGACUGUAGCUUCAAACAUUCCUGGUGCAUGCUUGACCAACCUUUUCAUAUGGAAUAGCUCCUCUAAACUUUUCAUCUUUUUUUCUUUAAUAAACGGGAAUAAGUGCAAGAGAGGGGGGUCAUGGGACUCGGACAAUGGUUGUUGUUUUUUAAAUGCACAAAGGAAAUGCAAUAUUUUCAGCAUUUUACCCCUCCAAGUGCCUUCUUUUUGUUUGUUUGUUUGUUUUCCUUUUUGUAUUGAUGGUUUUGUAAAGUAUGUGGACAUAAUGUAAAUAGUUUUAUUUUUAUAUGACUGAAUGUGUUAUGGAUGAAAGUGAAUUGUUGCCUAUAGCAGCAUCUAUAGAUAACUUGAAGAAAGUGUGAAGUGAAAUUUAUGUUGUUUUCUAGCCACUUUUUUUUUUUUUACAAUAAACAUUUUUAAGUAAGA